AUGCAGAUAUUGCAGGGGCAACAGAUCCUAAGUAAUUUGGCAAUACGAAUACGAAAUACGAAAACUUCCUCCGCCAUUCACUUUCAUGCCAACUUUCUCGUCUACAUAUACCGUCAUAUGGAAAAAAGAAAGACGUCUUUGGCUGUCGCCUUCAUUGACUUCACCAAUGCAUUCGACCUAGGCAACCACAAUUUAAUCCUUAACAAAGCUAUCGACGUCGGGUUUCGGAAAAGUCUUAUACCAUGGCUUACAGACUUUCUUAGUGACCGAUGCCAAGCCGUACGCUUCCGAGGGGCUGUCUCCACCAUUCAGUCACUCGCCUGUGGUGUCCCUCAAGGUACCGAGAUGGAACUGCUAUGUUUCCCCAUGCUCAUCAAUGUAGCUCUGUGA